UUUUCAUGUUCAUUCAUCACAAACAUCACACGCUGGGGCCAGAGUUAGUACAACAAAUACCGUCGGCCAGAGCAGACGUUGCUUUACAGAAACACGCAACGCGAGAGCUUCAUCCGAGUGUGCUCCGGUGGCGACAUCGUAUCCCCGUUUGGCGCCAUAUUUACUUAGGCCAAUCCCGGAGACCCGGAGUCCUUUUACGCUGUGCGUUUGCCUGUUCGUCUGCGUAUUUGUUUGUGUAAUUUCGCGCGCUUUUGUGUCGCCUGCUGUGGCUGCUGUGUGCGAGUGUGCGUGCGUAUACGUAUUAUCCCGCGCGGGUCAGAAAAGUACUGAAAUUGAAAUUGAAACUGGAGCCCCGGACCACAAAAAAGGGAUACUUAAAAGGCGUGAGUUUUGCGGCCCACUGCUGGACAACUGCCAGUAAAGUGAGAUAGAUCUUAAUUAGGCAUUUAAUGGCAGUUGGCAGACAACAAUAGCUGGUAGCUGGCUACCGAGCCGCAGGAGCAGGACUUUCCAGAAGUUGUGGCACCAGUAGUAACCUAAGUUGAGGCCCCAGAAACUGGACAGACAGCCGGAACUGUAGCACAACCAAAAGCCGAUCAGCAGCUCAUUCAACUUUGAGUGCUUUAUGGUGCUAGAGAGCAGCAAUAUAGCAACGGCAACAAGAACAACGGAACAGCGUUAACAACCAUCGCAGCCUGGGGCAGGAAGUAUCAUCUACCGAACCGACAGAGGAACAAAGCCAUUCGCCAAGAUGGCUGGCGGGGGAAGAACAGCCGGAAAAUACGGUUACUCGGACAACAGUUAUUACAGUAGUCACUCCUACAAGAGCAUCAACGAUGAGAUUAUCCUGGUUAGCAUUAUAAUGGGAAUCACCAUACUGGUCCUUAUCACCAUCGCCCUGUGCUACAUUGCGUAUGAGAAGUGCCAGAAGAAGCGGGAGUACUAUAUCAAUGCCUAGAGAGGCUCUAGAUGGGGCUGUUUCACGGCCUGGGGGCUCGGUGGAUCCUUUCGUUUACUUUUCCUUUCAGUUGGUAUUUACUCUUCUCCUACUGGUGGCAUUGCAAGGCUAAAUGUCAACACGGUCUGCAACAAUGUUGACGUUGACGAUUUAGUUGGCCAACAAAAAUAACCAAGAGUGUGGCGGUAUCCUGCAUCCUGCAUCCUGCCCCACUCGCGUAGAUACAGACCCCCACACAUACACAGAGUCGUCACACAAAUCGGAAUGCAGCGGAAUUUGUGCUGUUUAAACGUUUCUCUCCAGUCUUCCGUCUCUGCAUUUUUUGUUGCCUUCGCAGUUUCUGAAGUGGCUGCUGGAACGGAAGAGGAUGCAUGGGACAUGGGGCAUGGCUCUAUUAUGUUGCCACAGUGUGCACAUUGGGAUUGAAUAAUGUAACAGAUUUUUCCAAGCAAUUGCCAUGGCAGCAAUCAUUAGCCGUCAGAAAACAUUUUAUGUUUAUUUUUAUUACAAAGAAAUCUUUCAUAUUUUCAACAGUUUAAAUUUUAAAACUUCAAUUUAACGAUCAACAGUUGGCACAACAAAUAAAUGCCUGCCAUGAGAAUGAAAUGUGAGGAAAAUGGUAUCCAUUAAUCGAAAAAGCUGGCCCACAAUUGUGGGAUUUCCGCGCUUUUUUCAUACGUACAUCUCAAUAAAUUUCCAUUUGUAUGCCACACCAAAGGCAAUUCAAUUUAAAAUGCAAUCCGACUGGAUGCCACCAUGCCAUGCAACAACCUUUUGUUUGUCGCAAAAAAAAAACCAACCAUAACCCUCAUGCCACAGAAUGGAGGGUAAAGAAAGAAAGAAAUACGACUAAAAGGGCGAAUCUUUUGCAAGUGUUCCUGGGUUCGAACCGAUAUUGUUGCUAACACCCAGAGUCAUAUCCACAUGCGAGUAUGUGUACAUAUGUAUAUAUGUAUGCCAAUUUCGAAUAUUGACAGCGUGGGAGCAUUUAACCAACCGACGGACGGACAGACAGACAGACAUAUAGACAGAGAAACUGAGUGACUUUUCUUAUAUUCUUUUUUGGCGGAGAUGGCCAUCUUUUGUGUCCUCUUUUUUGGGGUAGCGUAGCUCGAGGCUGUAAUAAUAAAAACGGCAGCGGAGAAAACUGGGUGCAGCGCACACGAACAAAGCGUAAAGAAACAAUAAAAGGAAUCGCAUAACAAUUCUAGGGGAAGCACACAGCGAUUCCGACCCCGAGUCCCGGAGAUAAAGGCCCAAAAGAGUUCUCCCGCCCAUUAAAUUAGAGCAAAAUGGAACGUUUAAAGAAACCUGGUUCUCAGCCACAAUAACGACAAGUCCUGAGCAUAAAUUUAAGCUCUUGGCAAACCCGAAAAUGUCUAUCGUCCAUACACGUAGUGCCAUAUGUAUUGGGGCAUCACAAACCCAAAGGAAACACAUUCUGCACUUUGUGAGUGAGGAGAGUCUUAAUGUUAAUCAGCUUAGGCAACCAACCGCCAUCAUCGGAUGUGAGUAACAUUUCGGUAUGUUUUCUUUUUGGGGACAUCAAGAAGGCCUAAAGAGCAAACAAAUACACUUGUGAGGGCGUGAGCGUUUUAUCCUACCGACCUGGAAAUGCUUUUAAAAAUUAAACAACUGAUAAAUGACAAAGUUCGUUGGACCAGAAAUUAUCGUUUGACAAAUUGGCAGGCCAUGAUGAGAGCUCAUCAAUUGCCUGGCAACCAGGCUCCUCUCGGCUCUGAUGAUGCACAGCAGUCCCAUCAAGCAGUCUAGCAGCCUUCUGGCUGCCAUGGCCAGGGAGACGGAGUGUACUUUAUAUGACAAAGCCAGACGAAUUACUUAUGAGUAAGCGGUUCUAUUGAAAUGGAAAAUUAGAUCCAAGUUCCUAUUUUUAUGUUGAAGAAUGUACUCCAAAUUGAGUUGAAUUUAAGACACAAAAGAUUACGUUACGGAAAUGACUAGGAUUUGGGUUUAUUAGAGGCCAUGUUUGAGGUUAAAAGAGCAUCAGGAUAUGGUUACGACCUUGGGGCUCAUCUUGAUUUCAUCCCAAAGAAUUUACUCAUCUUUGAGCAUAUUUUCUGUGGCUUUACGCUUUUGUCGAUUGGCCACAAAAAAACCACAUUGACCAACCACAAAAGCUGACUUGAUACUCGACCACCGCCAUGUACUUUGAAGACGAAAACAUCAAGCAAUGGAAAAACUUUACUAAUUACCCGUUAACCAUGAAAAAUUCCCACAUAAAAAUCCAGACACGCUCCGAGUGCAACAAUAAAUUUGAUGACGGACAUAAUAAACGGUGCAACGUCAGUGGCAAAAGAUUGGGACAGAACACGCGUAAGCACAAAUUUUUAGCACUUGUCUGACUCGCAGGAAAGGUUUCGUUUCGUUCGCCACUCAAAACGCAUCCUUCUUAUCCUUUUGAAGGAAAUUUACAGAAGCUGCUUGCCAAAUGAAUGACUCGUAACUUUUGAGAGACUCCCUGGCUGCGACUCAGACACUCUGACUCUGACACACACACACACACACACACACACACACACACAACACACGUAGUAAACUUUACGUCCAUUUUUUUAUAGUUUUUGUUCUUGGUGUGGCUGUCACACUAAUUGCCACAUGACUUGGCCAAAAACAGAAAAAGGGGGGGAAAGCGACGAAAAUUAAUGAAAUUACUUUAUUGUAGCUGAAAGUUUUUGUAUAUGCAUUUAAUCAAUUGCACUUCAAAGCAUAGCGUAUAGAUAUCUAUAUAACCAGGAUAGAUUUGACCACUUAUACCUAAUAGAUUGAUUACCUAUUGAAUUAUUAAAUAGCUAAUUAAUUCACUCUUUUUUGGCAUGAAAAGAGGGACCAAACGUACAAAAAAGAAUCCAAUGCGAUGUGUACUUUAUUUUGAAAAUAAAACAGUGAGAUCUACGAUAUAAAUGUUGAGAUUAGCGGAAAAAAAAACGAUUGUUAAUACUAUAUACUAAAUAUGAUAUACUUCAUGUACAACAUUAUAAAAUAAAGAACAAAUGUUUA